AUGGCUGCCGAUUCGGACGUGCUCCACUUCCGGUUUGAGCAGCAAGGCGAUGCCGUGCUGCAAAAGAUGAACCUGCUGAGGCAGCAGAACCUCUUCUGCGACGUGUCCAUCUACAUCGACGACACGGAGUUCCACGGACACAAAGUGAUCUUCGCGGCCUGCUCCACCUUCAUGCGGGACCAGUUCCUGCUCACGCAGUCCCAGCACGUUCGGAUCACCAUCUUGCAGAGCGCCGAAGUGGGCCGGAAGCUGCUGCUCUCCUGCUACACGGGGGCUCUGGAAGUGAAGAAGAAGGAGCUGUUGAAAUACCUCACGGCGGCAAGCUACCUGCAGAUGGUGCAUAUCGUGGAGAAGUGCACCGAGGCCCUUUCCAGGUAUCUGGAAAUCGACGCUUCCGUAGAAGGCAGCGGCCGGUGUGCUGACAAAUGCCACUCUUCGGACAUGGAGCUGGGCAGCAAAGACAACUGCCCUGAUAGAGACUGUGAAAUCAUCGAGAUUUCUGCAGACAGCCCGUUGAGCAUAGACGAGCCCAUAAAACAAGAGAAAGGGGACAUUCAGCCAGUGUCCCUGCAGGAUUUAAUGUCGGACAGGAAGGAGGUCAAAAGUCCUGAGAUCUCCACCGUGGAGAUCGGCUACAAGGACGAUGAGAUCUGCAUCUUCCAGAUGGAUUCCAUUAACGUCCCCAGUGUGGACGAUGCGCAGUUUCCCCAGCCUUGCACCUCUUCCAAAACCAGCUUGUAUUUCCCCGAAACUCAGCACUCCUUGAUCAACUCCACCGUGGAGAGCAGGAUGAGCGAAGUAGCCCAGUUCCAGAGCUUUGGCAGCGAGAAUCCAGAAGGAGCUGCGCACGCAGGGGGUGACUUCCCAAACUCCGAGGGCGUCGGCUACUCGUGGCGGCAUCAGUGUCCCAAGUGCCCCAGAGGCUUCCUCCACCUGGAGAACUACCUCCGCCACUUAAAGAUGCACAAGCUCUUCUUGUGCUUGCAGUGUGGGAAAACCUUUACUCAGAAGAAGAACCUCAACCGGCAUAUCCGCGGCCACAUGGGCAUCCGCCCCUUCCAGUGCAUGGUGUGUCUGAAGACCUUCACCGCCAAGAGCACCCUCCAGGACCACCUCAACAUCCACAGUGGGGACCGGCCUUAUAAGUGUCACUGUUGUGACAUGGAUUUCAAGCACAAGUCCGCCCUCAAAAAGCACCUGACGUCCGUGCACGGAAGGGCCGGCGGAGUGGACAAAUCUGGCUUUGACGCCAUCACGGAAGUCAGAAUAGACUACGACUAGAUGUCGU